AGGGUUUAUAAAGGGUUUAAAUCCAACAGGUUUUUGCGAGCUUCCGUUGUCCCCCUGCCGGCUCUCACCAGAGUUUUCCCCCUGGUGCGUCAAGUACCAUUGGCUUCUUCCCGCACUAUCAUUCACGUCUCUCCUCUUUCACCGCCCUCUUCUCUCGUUCUUCCCGGCGAGUUAGGGUUCUUCGCUGAACAGAGCGCAGAAAGCUUCAAUCUAAAUUCUUAUGGCUAAACCUAGGUUUGGCAAGAAACGAGGAGGCAGCAGGCCUAAAGCAAAUGAAUUUACAAAGAAUAUUAAAAACAAGCGCGCUAGAAGAAAUCAUGUCGAAGAUGAGAAAAUUCCAGAUACUCCCUCCUCUCCGAGCGAUUCAGGCAAUUCAUCUGAAGAACAGUCUGAUAUAGCUUCAGAAGUGGAAGAAGAAGAAGAGGUUGCUGUUUACAAGGAACCAUCAAUGUAUGAUAACCUGUUGAAGACACUUGGGUCAGCUAGUGAAUCGAUUGCUGAUGCUUACAAGAGGAGGCAACGUGCAGAAGAAGGCAAAAGUGACACAGAUGAAGAAAAGGAUAAUGAUUUAGAAUCUUUAAGUGGUUCUGAACAAAGCGAAGAUGAAACUGAAACUGGAUCUCCUAGAGGUGACUUGGACCCAACUGAUCUUCAAGGCUUGGCAGAAGUUGAAGAACAUAGUGAAAAUGAUGCAGAUGAGACAUUUGAAAGUGAUGGAGAAGAAGAUUUCACAGCUGAUGAUCAAUCUAUUGCAAAAGAAUCAGAAAGCACAAGUUCAUACUCUGCUCACCUGGGUUACAAAUUAUCAAAAGAAGAGGCUGAAAAUCUUUCAAGAAAAAAAGGGAAAUAUAAGUGGGAGGUUGAUGCAGCUAACUGCAAGUGGGUAGCAACUAAAGAGCUCCUUUUAGAGGAUUCCUACAUGGAUUCUCCUUAUGGUUUAAAUCCCAAGCUAUAUGACCAUUGGUCGAAUGCUUACAAUGCAUCUGGAGGGCAUGAUCUUCAUUCAUCAAGACAAAGAUCAUUCUUCUCCCUUUGUAACACCUAUCGGGAUAUAUUGCACCACAACAAAAAGCCAUUUUAUCUUAAAGGUAGAGAAGAAGACUUGAGUAUCAUGGAUGCCUAUUUGUUGCACUCGCUGAAUCAUGUAUUUAAAACAAGAGAUCUUGUGACAAAGAAUGACAAAAAGUUGUCAAACAACAAAGAGUCUAAGCAUGAGGAAGUUCUAGACACUGAGAACUUUCUUGACCAUGGAUUUACUCGUCCCAAGGUGUUGAUCUUGUUGCCAAUGGCAAGUAUUGCAUACAGGGUAAUAAAUAGGCUGAUUCACUUAACUCCUUCAGGGCAUAGAGUUAAUGUAGAGCAUAUUGGUCGAUUCUGUGAUGAGUUUGGGCAUGGAAAGUCUGAUGAUCAGGAGGAUGAAGAUGAAGAUGGUAAAAACUCAAAAUCUUGGAAAACAUCAAAGCCAUCAGAUUUUCAAACACUUUUUGGAGGGAAUAACAAUGAUCAUUUCAUGAUUGGCAUCAAGUUUACCAAGAAGACUAUAAAGUUGUAUAGUGAUUUUUAUACAUCAGACAUGAUUGUUGCUUCUCCUCUUGGUUUGAUCACAAAAAUCGGGGAGGCUGAAUUGGAAAAGGAGAAGGAUGUGGAUUAUCUGUCUUCUAUUGAGGUGUUGAUUGUUGAUCAUUCAGAUAUUAUAGCAAUGCAGAAUUGGUCCCAUGUGAAUACUGUUGUUGAGCAGUUGAAUCGCAUUCCAUCAAAGCAACAUGGAACUGAUAUAAUGCGAAUAAGACCAUGGUACCUUGAUGGACAAGCUAGGUUUUAUAGGCAAACAAUCGUUUUAGGAACUCAUGUAAAUCCAGAUAUCAACGCGAUGUUCAACAACCAUUGCCUCAACUACAAAGGAAAGGUGAAACUUUCAUGUGAGCACAAAGGUGUUCUUCCAAAAGUUUUGCUUCAAGUGAGGCAGAUCUACGAGCGUAUUGAUACCGAAUCAAUAGUGGAUGCUGAUGACUCCCGCCUUGAAUACUUCAAGAAAAAGGUCUUCCCAAAGAUUAAAGAUUCUGUCCAGGGUGGAGUUAUGAUAUUUAUUAGUUCUUACUUUGAGUUUGUUCGUGUACGAAACUUCUUGAAGUCUCAAGAUGCAUCCAUGUGUCUACUUGGAGAGUAUACAGAACAAAGUGAUAUAUCACGUGCACGAGUUUGGUUCUUUCAAGGAAAACGCAAGAUUAUGUUGUACACUGAAAGAGCCCAUUUUUACCACAGAUAUAAGAUUCGUGGAAUUCAGAAUUUAAUAAUUUAUUCGCUUCCCGAGAGGAAAGAGAUUUACCCCGAGAUUGUGAAUAUGCUUGAAGGAUCACAUAGCAUGAACUGUACAGUGCUAUUCUCACGCUUUGAUCUUCUUCGGCUGGAGAGGAUUGUGGGGACCACCCCGGCAAAAAGAAUGGUGACGUCAGAUAAGCGUGUACAACAAGUCCUUGACCAAUGA